AUGUCAGUGGCGUGUGGUUUACUGUACGCCAGCCACGUGCCCAGUCCCCACCCUGUAGUCACCCAGCCCAGCCACGUACCCAGUCCCCACCCUGUAGUCACCCAGCACAGCCACGUGCCCAGUCCCCACCCUGUAGUCACCCAGCCCAGCCACGUGCCCAGUCCCCACCCUGCAGUCACCCAGCACAGCCACGUGCCCAGUCCCCACCCUGUAGUCACCCAGCACAGCCACGUGCACAGUCCCCACCCUGUAGUCACCCAGCACAGCCACGUGCCCAGUCCCCACCCUGUAGUCACCCAGCACAGCCACGUGCACAGUCCCCACCCUGUAGUCACCCAGCACAGCCACGUGCCCAGUCCCCACCCAGCCCAGCCACGUGCACAGUCCCCACCCUGUAGUCACCCAGCCCAGCCACGUGCCCAGUCCCCACCCUGUAGUCACCCAGUCCAGCCACGUGCCCAGUCCCCACCCUGUAGUCACCCAGCCCAGCCACGUGCCCAGUCCCCACCCUGUAGUCACCCAGCACAGCCACGUGCCCAGUCCCCACCCUGUAGUCACCCAGCCCAGCCACGUGCCCAGUCCCCACCCUGCCACGUGCCCAGUCCCCACCCUGUAGUCACCCAGCCCAGCCACGUGCCCAGUCCCCACCCUGUAGUCACCCAGCCCAGCCAUAUGCCCAGUCCCCACCCUGUAGUCACCCAGCCCAGCCACAUGCCCAGUCCCCACCCUGUAGUCACCCAGCCCAGCCACGUACCCACUCCCCACCCUGUAGUCACCCUGCCCAGCCACGUACCCAGUCCCCACCCUGUAGUCACCCAGCCCAGCCGGGGACCAGAUGGUGUCCCCCCACACACACACCAAGGGCUCAGAGGACAUGGGGGCCGCCCAUGGGAGGGGGUAUUGCGAGUCUGA